CUCAGCGAAGCGUGUCGGCCUCAGGCCAGUAGACGAUCAGCGACGGGUGAACGUCGCUGACAUCGCAGGCACCGGCUCCACCCCGGGAGGAUGCACAGGACACUGCUGCUGCUAGCGCUGGUCGUCUGCACCUUGGCUCUGAUCCGGCCGGGCUCGGCCCACCCCAACAUGGCGCGCUACACGCGGGACCGGGAGGACAUGGCCAAGACACUCAGCUUUCUGCGCAAGCUGGACGACUAUUACUCGCAGGUCUCCAGGCCCAGGUUCGGAAAACGAGCCAAGUCGCCACAAUUCUACGACGAUGCACGAGUUGCUGUGGACCCGGCGCUGCUCGGGCAACUUCUGGCCGAGCGGUAGGGUGUACCCCCGCCGACCAAGUCAGACGCCGACCUGAGGUCGCCUCCACCCAGCCCCAACCCCCAGCGCUCCGCGACGCGCCACGGGCGGAUGUGGCGACGCCCGGCGGCGAGAAACGGAACCUGCGGCGUGAUGGCGCACCGCCGUGGCGCGCUCGCCGGGCACGGGAGGCGGGGUGCCCCGCGGGCGCGGAACUGAGCGGAAGUGGCGCCCGCCGAGCUGUUCAGACGGCGGUUCGACCCGACUGGUCUUGUGGUCAGAAUACUGGAGGAAAAGUGAAAUGUGAAAGGGUUAAACAAUGUAUAUAUUCCGGCUCGAUUAUCAUUGGAAAAUACACGCAG